UAUUUAUGAGAGAGGCAAGCACCAAACUAGCUUCUUGCUAACCAGUCAGCAGUUAAGUAGCUAGCUGUUUGUUGGCUGCUACUUUUCUAUUUUUGACUCUUAAGAAAGCUGGGGCCAGCCCGGAGGGCUGCUGGUGUGGCAGGGAAACCAACCACAAGCUCACUGAGAAUUGUAGCACACAAUGCUGUUCCACUGUCUGUUUUCUGAAUACGUAAAGAUGGGAAAAGAUGCCAUCCUUUUAUGAUUCUCUGAUUAAGUGUUUGUAUGACAGCACAUACUGUCGUACCUUAUUCAACUUGGAACAUAUUGUAUUGUCACUUGGCUUCGGGAGAAGAGUAGUCUACAUAAAAGCUGUCUCUUAAUAACGCUGCACAUUAUAUAUUCAUUUUCUUAUUUUCUUGCUUUAAGUGUCAGAAAUGAAUGUCAACAAAAAAAAGCAGGUCACGAUUUAUCCAAGUCAGAAUAACAUGAAAUUACUUGUGUCGUCCAACCCAAGGGUACUUACACUUACUUGCUAGUUCAUUUGGUACACCAGUGAAUUCUGAUAUAACAUUCCCAAUAAAAUCUUAGCUUAAUGAAUGUUAUGGUAUUUGGCCUUUCUUUAAAAUAACUGUGAGAUCAGUCAACCCCAUUUUUAACACAACUAAUUUAUUAGCACCACAAACUACUUCCUCAUUUUUGUUAUGGUGUUUCAGCUUAAACUGAAUAUGAUGAGGGUAACAACAUAAUUUAAUGCAAGACAGUUAUAUUAAAAUUUAUUUUUACUAGUGCAGGACAAUUUAUCUGAACAAUGAUACAUUGUUAGAUAAUAAAGUGUGAAAAAUAUUCACACAUACAAAGCCAAAGUUGUGGAAUUUGUACUUAAAUAUAGUCAAAAUACCUCCCAGUUAUGAUUGGUUUAGUUUUUACACCAGCCACAUCAGACAGGACAAAAGAAAACCACCUGUACAAAGUACUUAGUAAGAGUCUUCAUCUUCUCUGCUACUUUUUUUAUUGUUUUAAGCUUAAAAGUGGUUAUGUACUCUCGACUUCCUGCUCAGUCACUUUGUAUUAUCCAAUGUUUUUGAGAAAGCUUCUUCCUCCCUCCCUUCCCACACUGCUGCAAUAUCCUCUAGGACCGAAACAAGGAACAGAUGUUAGAUAGUUGUGUGCAGAAGAAUAGAGCACUUAAAAAAAAUCAGUUUCCUUUAGGAUCAUAUUCAGUGAGUUGAACAAAAGUAGACUUUGAAGGCGGCUGCUCUAAUGCUUCAUUAUAACCAGGAUGGCUGUAAAUACUCAGCAUUUUCCAAGCUGUCUUUCUCGUCCUUUAUUCCUCAUUUGCAUCAUCAGUAUCAUCAUACAUUGGCUCACGUUUAACUGAACAGGGAUAACAGAGCGUUGAUUCACCACAGAUCCUUUGAAGUUAUCUGUACCAGUGAUGUCAAACAAAGAUAGGAAAUAACUUAAUUUGUACUGCAGAUAGAGGCUGUGGUUAAAAUCUAUUCUUGGCUUUUCCAAAAGUCUCAAAUGACGUGUUCUCCCUGUUUGAAAUUCAUUGAAUUCACCAAGUUUGUAGUCUAAAUCAGUUAUCUAAGUUAUUACCAUUACUGGAAGGUGGGCUGCAAUGACAAGCAAAAAAAGGGAUGUAUGCACGGAUGUCCAGAUCAGGUAUUUUUAGUCCCUUUUUAGAUCAUGUGUGCACUGAGCAACUGUAUUAAGAAGAAUACAAGCUAAUUAAUUUAAGGAUUUUUUUUGUUGGAACUGUUGGAACAGCUGGAGAUAUUCUAACUCUAAACUGCAAAAUUUACAUCCAAACAUUUAAUGUUAGUUAUUAUUAUUUUUACUAGAUGUCUACUAUAUUACUGUUAUAUUUAAGUCCUUUGUUUUCAGUUAGGACACAUUCUACUAGCUCUCCAUCUUUCUUUCCAACAAGUGACUUCCAUGAUAAAACACUGGUUUAGAUGAUACCUUCACCAAAACUCUGAAAUUCUAUAUUCCAACUCGGACAUUUCAGACUUACGAUAUUAUAGCGUUCACGUUACAGGUUAACUUGGAGGAGAAAAAAUAAGUUUGGUAUAUUUCCACGGUUUGCAUUAAAAUAUGUGCAGCAGCUAUUUAUUAUUAUUAUUUUUUUUCAUUUUGGAAGCAGUCAUUUCUGAAUUUGACAACUAUGAGCUUAUUUUCUCCCAAGUUGUCUUGAAUGUAGCACAGCUGCGGCUGGAUCUCAAUCGAGCUUUCCCCCACCCCCAACCUACUUUUUAUUGGCUAGUGAUGUUAGUUUGGAGAGGGAAAGCUGUGUUACUCUCAUUUCAUUGGUAGAUGAACUCAAUUGACUGCUCAAACCUGACAGUAUCCCACAUCAACAUUUACUUAUUUUUCUAAAUGCUGAUCUUUUUUUAAUCUGGAUCAAACGCCACACGCCGGAGAUCCAACACGGUGCCGAAAUACUUCAAGCCCUGCAUAUUCUCCGUGUUGGGAGACACAUGUAAUACUGGAUAAAAACUGGUGACUGGUGAAACAGAUGAAAACUAAUGAGCCACCAUAGAGGAAGUGGAGGGAGAUGUGUGUGAGUUGGAAUCCAAGCUUGACAAAUUAGUGAAGUUGUGUAUUGGGAUGAUUGAUGCUGGAAAAGCCUACAAUGCAGCUAACAAGCAGUUUGUUAACGGGAUCCGUGAGCUUGCCCAGCAGUCCACCAAAGAUGAUGUCAUUGAGUCCAGUCUCACAAAGUUUGCAGAGAGCCUACAGGAGAUGAUCAACUAUCACACGAUAUUAUUUGAUCAAGCCCAGCGAUCAAUCAAGACCCAGCUUCAAACGUUUGUCAAAGACGACCUACGUAAAUUCAAAGAAGCCAAGAAGCAAUUUGACAAAGUGAGCGAGGAAAAGGAGGCAGCGCUUAUCAAGAAUGCUCAGGCUCCCCGCAACAAGCAGCAUGAGGUGGAGGAAGCCACCAACAUCCUUACCGCCACGCGCAAGUGCUUCCGACAUAUUGUCCUCGACUACGUCUUACAGAUAAAUGUACUGCAGUCCAAGAGAAGGUCAGAAAUCCUGAAAUCGAUGCUGUCCUUCAUGUACGCCCAUCUGACAUUCUUCCACCAAGGUUAUGACCUCUUCAGUGAACUCCAGCCUCUUAUGAAACAGCUAGGAGGACAGUUGGACCAGUUGGUGGUGGAUGCUGCCAAAGAGAAGAGGGACAUGGAGCAGAAACACUCCACCAUCCAACAAAAGGCCGCUCUGCAGGAGGUGACAGAGCUCGAAUAUUUACCAGACUGCCGCAACUUUUGCGCAUGGAGGUCGACCUCCGUACGUAGAGUCAAUGCAUCGGAUUUCUCGAAUGACGACACCAAACUGGAGUAUAAUGUGGAUGCAGACAAUGGAAUCGCCAUGGAGGGUUAUCUGUUUAAGAGGGCAAGCAAUGCCUUCAAGACAUGGAAUAGGCGUUGGUUCUCCAUCCAAAACAAUCAGUUAGUAUACCAGAAGAAAUUUAAGGACAACCCUACAGUGGUGGUAGAAGAUCUGAGGCUAUGUACAGUCAAACACUGUGAGGACAUAGAGCGUCGCUUCUGUUUUGAAGUGGUGUCACCCACCAAGAGCUGCAUGAUGCAGGCAGACUCUGAAAAACUGCGACAGGCCUGGAUCAAAGCUGUCCAGAACAGCAUCGCCACGGCCUUCCGUGACAAAGGGGAUGACAACGAGAAGCUGGAUAGGAAGUCAUCCACGUCGACUGGGAGUCUGGAUUCAGGUGGGGAGCCAAAGGAGAGAUCAUUAAAGGGAGAAAGUGCCCUGCAGAAGGUCCUGGCCAUCCCAGGCAAUGCCUGCUGCUGUGACUGUGGCCAGCCAGAUCCACGCUGGGCCAGUAUCAAUCUGGGCAUCACCCUCUGUAUACAGUGCUCUGGCAUACACAGGAGUCUGGGAGUGCAUUUCUCUAAGGUUCGGUCUUUAACUUUGGAUACAUGGGAGCCCGAACUACUUAAGCUGAUGUGUGAACUGGGGAACAAAGUGAUCAACCAGAUCUAUGAAGCUCGGCAAGAGGAUCUAGGAGCUAGAAAACCACAACCAGGAGACCCGAGACACGAGGUAGAGGCUUACAUUAAAGCCAAGUAUGUGGAUCGCCGAUUUGUCCGCCGACCAUCAGAUGAAGAGCUUCGCAACAAAGUGGUUUCUUUGAGUAAACAGGAGAAGAGGCUGAGUAGCAGCUCUGAGCAUCUGACACCGAGACCGCCUCCACCCACCCCAAACCUUCGACCCAGUUCUAACAUCUCUGGGCAGUCAGCUGCUGCCAGUGGUGCGGAGGCUCGCCGUGACUCUCUCUUCUGUCCUGACGAGCUUGACUCACUCUUCUCCUACUUUGACACCUCCUCCAAGCUCAGGAGCAUAAAAAGUGCAGACAGCGGCAUUCAGAACAGUGCUGAUGGGAGCAGGGAGAUGCUCAAUACCACCCCCUCCAGUAACAGCCUGGCAGAUGCAGAAGCUGCUGAGUGUCCACUGCCUGCCACGCUUCCUCCUCCGUCACCCUGUAAAGAGAUGGUUUUCUAUGAACCCAAGGAGUACAGUCCAGGUCUGCAGCUCUACUGGGCGUCAUGUGCCCGCAGCCUGCCAGACAUGGCAGAGGCACUUGCCCACGGAGCUGAGGUCAAUUGGGUCAAUACGGAGGAGGAUAAGAGAACGCCGCUUAUCAUGGCGGUGCAGGGGGGUUCACUGGUCACCUGUGAGUUUCUGCUCCAAAAUGCAGCUAAUGUGAACCAGCAGGAUGCCCAGGGCAGAGGACCUCUUCACCACGCCACUACGCUGGGACACACAGGGCAAGUAUGUUUAUUCUUGAAAAGAGGAGCAAACCAGAACGCUGCAGACAUUGAUGAGAAAACUCCCCUGACCAUAGCAGUGGAAGCAGCCAAUGCUGAUAUUGUCACACUGUUGCGACUGGCCAAGAUGAACGAAGAGAUGCGGGAGGCCGAGGGGCCGUACAGCCAGUCAGGAGAUGAAACCUACCAGGACAUUUUCCAGGAUUUUACCCAUAUGGCCUCCAACGACCCGGACAAGCUGAAUCGCUACCAGCAGUACGACACACAGCGACCCUGACACUGCAUAAACACUGUCCACUAGCAGUCAGACACUCAUGACAUGACAGACACAGAAAUAAAAGACAUCUUAAAUGACGUCUCCACUUGAUCAGAAAGCCUUUAAGCCUUAAACGUGUCGGCCACAGCUGGAGACAUGUCACUGUAUCGAAUGCGGUCAGAGAGCCCUUUCAUCUACUUCAUUUUCAAACAGUCACUUCAGUCAAGUGAAGGGGAACUUUUUUUAAACAGUACUUUUCAGCAGAACCUAUUAUAGUAAAUGGUACAGUGUUAAAUAAUUGGAAUGGAUUUGCUAAGAUAUAAGAUAAAUGAUUAUUGAACUUGGUCUGAAUGUAGAGCUGCCAUCAAGGCUAUUGGUCAUUUUGACCCAGCUUCAUUUUUCAUGUCUCACCUCUGGACACAAAAAACACACACACGCGCACACAUAUGUGUGUGCGCCUGUGUGUGUGUUUUAAAAACAAAUUUAAAAAAAAAGCUGCAAAGAAAAGUGAGUGGGGGCUGUUCAAUAACCUAUUUACUUUUUUAAGUCUAUCUUUUCAGUACCAUCCUUUUUAUAUUAUCAGCUUUUUUUCUUGCAUUGUUUUGCUUUAAAUAACUCACAGCAUAUAUGACAAUAUGCUUUUACUUAUUUGCACAAAUGUCUUUGUCUCAAAUCGCCACUGAUGUUGAUGCAUUUGUAAUUUGAAAUGGAUUAUAGUUGUUUUUAAUGGAUUUGUUUUAAAUGCUUGUAAUUUUGAAAAAGCUUCCUCUAAAUGAUUUUUGAUUUUCCAUAUUAGCACCUGCAGUAUGUGUUCUUGAGCCAAUCAGCCCUUCAACGCGGUGAUUUUGUGGAAUAGAAAUACUUGUUUAGGUUGAUUAGCAUACUGAUAAAGUCUCAAGCUGAUACCAGAUUAACUGUGUGGACCUGUAGAAAAUACAGCCAUCAGCCACAACAUUAAAACCUGCUUUGUACUGAAUAAAAUGAGGUUUUCACACAGGACCUGUAAGGGUGAACUGUGGAGUUUGCCUCUAGGCUGUAGGAUUCUGUAAAUUGCAGGGUAGGGCCUCAAUGUUUCCGUUUUGUUCAGAUUCUGUUGAUCAUUUCAAGGGGAUAUGAAGAGUGUUGAGGCAAGGUCAUUAGACCCUUUAUUGUGUUCCUCAACAGUUUUUGCAGUGUGGUGCGGUGUAUUUUUGGCCGUUGGUUUAGCCUGCUGCGUGUGCCAUUGUUGCCAUAGGUGUGUACUUGGUCUGCAGCAAUGUUCAUGUGGCAGUACCAAAGUAACAUUACAAAAAUCAGGACCCAGGUUUCCCUGAAGGACAUUUCAUUUUGAUGAGUUUAUUAACGUAAUUUACCUUAUCUGAUGGUGGUUUUAAUGCAGUGGCUGAUCAAGGUGAUGUAUGUGGUCAUUUUAUUUGGUUUCAAGUACUGAUAACACUUCAUUUUACUGGUCCAUAAUUUCCCCAACAUUUCCUGGUUGUGUGUAAUCAGGUUUAUGUAGACCCGAGUAAAUAUUUUCUUUAAGUUGGUGAAAUUUAUUGGCAGCACCUGUUGUUACCCAGGUAACAGCAAGCACAGUUUAGUCGUACAAGAGGCAGAAAUCUGGAGGCAGCAAACCCCCAUUGAACAAACAGAAAGAAAGAAAAGUUUAAUCUUUUUACAGCACAACCAAACAACUUAAUGUCAUUGUUAUAGAAAAAUUCAUUCCGUUAUCAAUAUUUGGUCAAAGCCAAUAAGCAAUGACAGAAAGAUUUCAUUCAGUUUUACAUAAUAGUAAUAACAAUAGUUAAUGCCUGGGCAGCCUACCACUUGCAGCUCCUCAUCACACAGCUCACUGCGGCUACGCCUUCCUGUUCCACUAAUAUGUUGAAUGGAUGGUGUUGAAACACUGCCAGCUGCUUCAUUAAAACCUCAGUGUUAUUGUGUAUUUUUGUAUCCUUGCUGAGCUGCUGUGUACUUAAUACUUAAUCGUUAAUUAGUUCAAUUUAUGAAACCAUCACAAAGAAAUUUAAUAGAACAUUGUUAGGAAAUUAUUUUGGAAAGUACAAAGUACAUACAGCCUGGAAAAUAAAAGGUAAGCAUGCUGUGGGAAUUCUGUAGAAGUGUGACUUGAGUUGUGAAGCCACUGUGAUUUAGUGCGUUGAGUUGAAUCAAAGUGAUACUGUUUGACUUAGUUCAGAUAUCAAAGCUUCACAUCUAAAAAUGAAUGCUUCAAAGUUAACGUUAGCCGCUUUGUACUGUACUACAGGAUCUGUGACUUUUCUUCCUAUGAAAUUGUAAAAUCUUCACUUGUUUGUCACAUUUACAUAUAUAUGACAUUAAACCUUCAGCCAACAUGGUAUACAACUCUUGUACAUUUUGUACAGAUGCUUUUGAAUGGAUUACUGAAGUAUAAAGUUAGUGGUACUUGAAUCAUUAAAUAAGCUUUUAUAUAGCCUAUCCUGUUCUUUGUAUCCUUCAUAUAUUUAGCCCAUUUUAUAUUACCUGUCUGUAUACCAACAUACAUGCACUGUAUAAUAUACCUGUAAUGUGUAAGGACUUCAAUACAUAUACAGACCAAGGA